UUGCUCCGUUUUCUUGUCCGUUACGCGCUAUCCCUCCGCCUCUCCUUCUUUCUUUUCUUUCUUUUUUCCCUUCUCCAUUCCCCCCCUCCCCCUUUCUCCAGCUCCGUGUCAUUUCCUCCUUGCGCUCGCUCGCUGCCGGAGCGUCUCCAGCCGGGAGAGUAGGCGGAGCGGAGCGGUGCGGGGUGGCGUAGAGCUGGAGGGCGAUGGUGGCGGAGCUGCUGGGGGCGGAGGCAACGUAGCCCCCCUCAGAAAAGGAGCCCGGCGGUGCCUGAGCCCAGCCGAGGAUGGAGAACCGGCCUGGGUCCUUCCAGUACGUCCCUGUGCAGCUGCAAGGGGGGGCACCCUGGGGCUUCACCCUUAAGGGGGGUCUGGAACACUGCGAGCCGCUCACAGUGUCUAAGAUUGAAGAUGGAGGCAAGGCAGCUUUGUCCCAGAAGAUGAGGACUGGUGAUGAGCUGGUGAAUAUCAAUGGCACUCCAUUAUAUGGAUCCCGCCAAGAGGCCCUCAUUCUCAUAAAAGGCUCCUUCCGGAUUCUCAAGCUGAUUGUCAGGAGGAGGAACGCCCCUGUCAAUAGGCCGCACUCAUGGCAUGUGGCCAAGCUGCUGGAGAGAUGCCCUGAAGCAGCCACCACCAUGCAUUUCCCUUCUGAAGCCUUCAGCUUGUCCUGGCAUUCCGGCUGCAACACAAGUGACGUGUGUGUGCAGUGGUGUCCACUCUCCCGGCACUGCAGCACCGAGAAAAGCAGCUCCAUUGGCAGCAUGGAGAGCCUGGAGCAACAAGGCCAAGCCACCUAUGAGAGCCAUCUGUUGCCUAUUGAUCAGAACAUGUACCCUAACCAGCGUGACUCAGCAUACAGCUCCUUCUCAGCCAGCUCAAAUGCUUCUGACUGUGCCCUUUCCCUCAGGCCAGAGGAGCCCGCCUCUGCAGACUGCAUCAUGCAAGGCCCAGGGUCAUCUAAGGCUCCCAAUAGCCGGCCUAAUGUAGCUGAGACCUCAGGAGGUAGUCGGCGUGCCAGUGGGGGCCACCUGACCCCCAACUCCCAGAUGUCAACUCGUCCACAGGAGGGACACCAGUCAGGGUCUGCCAAGGCAGUCAGGGGCCCACCACAACCUCCAGUGAGGCGGGACAGCCUUCAGGCCUCCAGAGCCCAACUUCUCAAUGGAGAGCAGCGCAGGGCAUCUGAGCCUAUGGGCCCCUUGCCACAGAAAGAGAAACUGAGCUUGGAGACAGUACUACCCGCAAGGAACCCUAAUAGAUUCUGUUGCCUCAGUGGGCAUGACCCAGUAACAACUGAGGGCCAUCAGAACUGUGAGUUCAGUCAGCCUCCUGAAUCCAGCCAACAAGGCUCUGAGCAUCUACUGAUGCAGGCCUCAACCAAAGCUGUUGGAUCCCCAAAAGCCUGUGACAAAGCUUCCAGCAUGGAUUCCCACUCACUCAGUGAGGCUUCAGCAGAGCUAGCUAAGGCUUCUUUUGGCAGACCUCCACAUCUCAUAGGACCCACAGGGCAUCGCCAUAGUGCCCCUGAACAGCUGUUGGCAUCCCACCUGCAGCAUGUGCACCUUGAUACCAGGGGCAGCAAAGGGAUGGAGCUCCCACCCGGACAGGAUGGGCACCAGUGGACUCUGUCUCCUUUGCACAGCAGCCACAAAGGGAAGAAAAGUCCAUGUCCCCCUACAGGAGGAACCCAGGACCAGUCCAGCAAAGAAAGAAAGAUCAGACAAGUGGAUGACAGGCCUUUGGUUUUGAGAUACCAGAGCCAAAGCAGUCCUCCCCAUGGAGAGGUUGAUGGACACCCCUCAGAAAGAGGUUUCCUGGACCUAAACAGAACAAGCAGAGCAGGCAGUGAAUUGGCCAACCAGCAAUCCUCUGCCUCUGGCUCUCUUGUUCAACAAUCCAGGGACUGUUCUUCAACCACUAAAGUAGCUGGUGGCACAGAGGCAACCGAAGAAGGAGACAGUGAGCCCAGGGAGUGUAGCCGGAUGGGUGGCAGGCGAAGCGGAGGGACCCGGGGCCGCUCAAUCCAAAACCGGCGGAAGAGUGAACGUUUUGCUACCAAUCUGCGUAAUGAAAUUCAGAGGAGAAAGGCCCAGCUCCAGAAAAGCAAGGGUCCCUUGUCACAGCUGUGUGACACUAAGGAGCCAGUGGAAGAGACCCAGGAGCCCCUAGAAAGUCCUCCACUCCCUGCCUCUAACUCAUCGCUUCUAUCUUCAUGCAAAAAAACCCCCAGCCCCAGAGACAAGCUCUUCAACAAAAGCAUGAUGCUCAGAGCCAGGUCUUCAGAGUGCCUCAGCCAAGCCCCUGAGAGCCAUGAAUCUAGGACAGGCUUAGAGGGACGAAUAAGCCCUGGCCAGAGGCCUGGCCAGUCCUCUUUGGGCCUGAACACCUGGUGGAAAGCAUCUGACCCAUCCUCCUCAGACCCUGAGAAAGCACAUGCUCACUGUGGAGUUCGUGGAGGUCAUUGGAGAUGGUCUCCAGAGCUUAAUUCACAUCCACAUGUGGCAGUAGCCAUGGAAGGCCCUUCCAACCCAGGUGACAACAAGGAAUUGAAGGCUUCUACUGCUCAAGCUGGGACAGAAGCCAUCCUCUUGCCUUUUGCAGACAGAAGAAAGUUCUUUGAAGAGAGUAGCAAAUCCUUAUCUACAUCUCAUUUGCCAGGUUUAACCACUCAUAGCAACAAGACUUUUACCCAGAGACCAAAACCAAUAGACCAAAACUUCCAGCCAAUGAGCUCCAGCUAUAGGGAAUUGAGGCACCAUCCCAUGGACCAAUCAUAUCAUUCCACAGACCAAGCAUAUCAUGCCACAGACCAAUCAUAUCAUUCCAUGUCACCCCUUCAGUCAGAAACUCCUUCUUACUCAGAAUGUUUUGCAAGCAAAGGUCUAGAAAAUUCCAUGUGUUGUAAGCCACUACACUGUGGUGAUUUUGACUACCACAGGACCUGCUCUUACCCCUGCAGUGUUCAGGGAGCUGUAGUCCGUGAUCCUUGCAUUUAUUGUUCUGGGGAAAUCUGCCCUGCCUUGCUAAAGAGAAAUAUGAUGCCAAAUUGCUACAACUGCCGGUGCCACCACCACCAAUGCUUUCGGUGUCCAGUUUGCUACCAUAAUCCUCAGCACAGUACCCUCGAGGACAGCAGCUUGGCACCUGGCAACACUUGGAAACCCAGGAAGCCGACAGUGCAGGAAUUUCCUGGGGACAAAUGGAAACCAAUAACAGGAAACAGGAAGACCAGCCAGUCAGGGAGGGAGACGGCUCAUUCCAAAACUAGCUUUUCGUGGGCAACCCCUUCCCAUCCUUGCCUUGAGAACCCAUCGCUGGACUUGUCAAGCUACCGGGCAAUUUCUUCUCUCGACCUCCUUGGAGACUUCAAACAUGCUUUGAAAACAUCAGAGGAAACUUCAGUAUAUGAGGAGGGGAGCUCCCUUGCCUCCAUGCCCCACCCAUUGCGCAGCCGUGCCUUCUCAGAGAGUCACAUCAGCUUGGAGCCCCAAAGCACCCGGACCUGGGGGCAGCAUAGGAGGGAGCUCUUUAGCAAAGGUGAUGAGACCCAGCCGGAUCUUCUUGGAGCCAGGAAGAAGGCCUUUCCUCCUCCUCGCCCUCCUCCUCCCAACUGGGAAAAGUACAGGCUCUUUCGUGCAGCCCAGCAGCAGAAGCAGCAACAGCAGCAGCCACAGCAGCAGCAGAAACAACAAGAGGAGGAGGAGGAGGAGGAAGAAGAAGAAGAGGAGGAGGAGGAGGAGAGAGAAGAGGAGGAAGAGGAGCUGCCACCCCAGUAUUUCAGUUCAGAAACCUCUGGCUCCUGUGCUGUCAAUCCUGAGGAGGUCCUGGAGCAGCCGCAACCCCUAAGCCUUGGCCACAUGGAGGGCUUAAGACAGGGUUCACAAAGUGUCCAAGCAGAGCAAGAAUCCUUUGCACACCAUUCCAGUGAUUUCCUGCCUCCAAUAAGGGGGUACUUGGGAUCUCAACCUGAGCAGGCUCAGCCCCCUUGCUACUAUGGCAUUGGUGGGCUUUGGAGGACAUCAGAACAGGAAGCCACCGAAUCCCCCAAACAAGAGUUUCAGCACUUUUCGCCUCCUCCAGGGGCCCCAGGAAUCCCUACCUCUUACUCAGCUUAUUACAAUAUUUCUGUGGCCAAGGCAGAGCUGCUGAACAAACUGAAAGAUCAACCCGAGAUGGCAGAGAUUGGCUUAGGAGAUGAGGAAGUUGACCAUGAACUGGCUCAAAAAAAGGUACAGCUUAUUGAAAGCAUCAGCAGAAAACUUUCUGUCUUGCGGGAGGCCCAGCGAGGGCUGCUAGAGGACAUCAAUGCCAAUUCUGCCCUUGGGGAGGAGGUGGAGGCCAACUUAAAAGCCGUCUGCAAAUCCAAUGAAUUUGAAAAAUACCGCUUGUUUGUUGGGGACCUGGACAAAGUGGUCAACCUGUUGCUGUCACUCUCUGGACGACUGGCCCGGGUAGAGAAUGCUCUCAAUAGCAUCGAUUCAGAGGCCAACCAGGAGAAGUUGGUGCUGAUAGAGAAGAAGCAGCAGCUGACGGGGCAGUUGGCAGAUGCCAAGGAGCUGAAGGAGCACGUGGACCGCCGGGAGAAGUUGGUGUUUGGCAUGGUCUCCCGCUACCUGCUUCAGGACCAGCUCCAAGAUUACCAGCACUUUGUCAAGAUGAAAUCUGCUCUCAUCAUUGAACAGCGAGAGCUGGAGGAGAAGAUCAAGCUUGGGGAAGAGCAGCUCAAAUGUCUCAGGGAGAGUCUACUCCUGGGGCCCAGCAAUUUCUAAUUCUGCCAGCAGUCUGCCACAGCAUCCCUGCCCAGCCACAGUGGGAAGUGCUUUCAAUCUUCUUUGUUAGCAGUUUCUCAGCAAAUAGAUAGCAAUUAGCAGUUUGUUCCAGCCCUCUACCCUGGAUGUCUCUCACUGCUCCUUCCUUAACAGUGGUCCUAACCAGCUAGGAGACCUUGGGGAAGCCACAGGCUUCUACCCAAGGGAGCUGCAGCAAGGUGUGAUCUUACAACCACACUCUCCUUCCCACAGUUGCCAAGGGCAAGUACUUGCUGCACAGAGAGCCAACUAAGUGCCUUCAUUCUGCUUUGUACUAGGACACCAAAGACAUCAAGUGCUCAUCACCCACCCGUAUCAUCAACAGCCUCUAAAGGCUCAGAGGGAAGCUUCCUUGCAGUUCUACUCUGCCCCAGGGCUUGUGGCCCAGCCAUUUCUCACAGAGAGCUGGCCGCCUUGAGGGCAUUCACCUGGCACCAGUUUCACGGCCUCAUCCACGCUUUGCAGGGAAAAGCACAGAAGGAGGAAUUAUACUGAACGAAAUGCAAGCAAACGUUGAGUAUUCCCAGGUGACCCUUAGGAAGGAACCAGGUUUAAAUCCACUCUACCCUCACCUUUCCCAGCAGCAAGUUCAGGGGAAGAGUCCUACUCUUAGCCCUGGCUAGUGUGACCCUCUUCCUGUCCUAAGACUUUGGUCCUACCACCUCUUGUUUCAUCUUUCCUUUUCAUUGCUGUGGGUUACCCCAGGUGCCUACCCCAGGGCUUCACCAUAUGGGCCAUUAAUAGCUCUACUAAAGCUGACUUUUAGAUAUAGGUUUCAUUAUUGGGGGAGGUGGUUCUUAUUGUUAUAUUUUAAAUGGCAUUUUGAUUUUAUUUAUUUUUAUGUUUUGAUUAUUUUUUUCUUUUUAAACUAGUAAGGUGAGAAGAGGGAAGUUGGAGAGGGAAAAGUUAGCCCAGAAGGAAAGCAUUUUCUGCAGAUCAGCCUGAAUCCACCAUGGCUAGGUAAGCAGGUACCAAUAUUGUUCCCACCAUAGCUAUCAAUGUCUAGGAAUGAGUUCUCCCCUUGAACUUGGAGCCUUCCUACUGUGGCCUGGCCCCGUGCUUCCCUGAAGCCUAAGUGACUGUGAGUUUAGCAUUCCCCAGCAGGGUUCAAGUUUUUCUUACUGAGUUCUCUUUGAAACCAAAGAAAUCUCCUGAAACAGAGAAAGGUUCAGCCAUUUCUCUACCAUCUCCAAGCUAUGGGAUGAGUAGAGGUGACCUGAGGAGGAACUCCUCUAACUAUUGCUUUCUCAGCCUGUGGCCUGGCUAAGGGGAACCAAAACUAAGGUAGCUGGGCGCUCCAGCCAAAGCCAGCUCCCCAGAGCAACUGAUGACCCAGCCAGGAUCUUAGGCAUGCAAACAACUAAAACUGCUGCUGUUGCCAAGGCCCUGACACCAGUAGCUAGUUUCUAUGCUGGAAAGGUAGCCCUCAGGUGGACGAUGGGAAAAAGGGGGUUAUGGUCCAAUGCUGCCCUGUUAUCCAGCUCAGCUGUUUCUCACUAACUGGGGUCAGUGCUUGGUAUCAUGCAACCCAGACAAGGCCUGGCAUCUCUGCUAGUUACUGCUGAGUUCCUCAGGGUCCUUGAAGGUCAACUGUAGCAGCCGGGAUGUCUCCUUCAGCCAAAGAAUUUGCCAAGGAAGUUUUGCUGCUGUUACAAAUACUUUUCACUAGCUUCCAUUUCCUCUUCAUUGUAUUUGAAAACAAUGGGAGAAUCUUGGCCAGCAGGGUGUCCUGGGGUGGGGGGUGCGGUAAGCCUUUCUGUGGAGCCCUGGGUUUACUCUUAGUACUGCUGCUGGAAACACUGUUAGAAUGGCAACCCUGCCAUUUCCCCUCCAGUGGAAGAUUCUACUUUAUUCAGGAAGGCUGGUGGCUUGCAAGGUCUAGGAUUACACAAGCCAGCAAAGAUUGAGAAGGUAGGGGAAUGCUUUGAAUGGAGGCCAUAGUUGUUAUCUUUUCUUCUGAGCAGGCUCUAGGACAAACAAUGAGCAAAUUGAGGUGUCCUGUGUUGGCAGGAUGAGGCUGAUAUGUUCCAUCAUUCUCAGAUUUGUUGAUUAGAACAACUUUUUGGUAAUAUGGGCCUAUGGAAAGGAAUGAUCACUUCCUUGGACACUAUGGCCAUAGUCUUGAGUUUUUCUAGUCAGCAUGUGAUUGGUUGUAUCUUAAGUUUAUGAUGCCAAAAAUACUACUGACUCUUUUAUUUUUGUUCUUCAUCCCAUCUCAAAUUAGUUUCUAGAGUUGGAAUCAGAUCACAAAGAUGUUCAUUUUCGCAUGCAGGGAAAGUUGCCAAAGCACUUAAAAAUAACCCCAAAACUAUACCUAACAGUGAAGCUUGGUAGAUAAAGGUGACCUGCUAAACAGACACUGGCGUGCCACACUCCUGCCAGGGCAGACUCAUUGUGUGUGAUAGUGCUGCAAAGCUGCCAGUAUUACUUGAGAUGUAGUGUCUCUCCCCUGUUCUCAGUUCUUGGGCUCAGCCUUCCUCCAAGCCCUGCCAGUGAGUAGCAGUUUGGAAGGCAGGCCAAAGGAGAUCCCCCAAGACAGUUAUUGGUCUUGACUUCUGCUCUCUCCCUUCAAGUAUUUAUACAGGCCCUCAUGGGUAAUAGGCAAGCAUGAUGAUUGAUAGAGAAGUCAGUGCAUGAGUUACUAUCACAUGUCCCCCCACUUCCCUGGCCACCUGCAAGGGCUCUGGAUAAUUGAGUCUCCCUGAGUUCCACAGCUGGAGGCUCAGCCAGGAUAUAGCCAUAAAUGCCCAAGUAGAAUCCGACAGAAUAAGACAGAGAUGCUGAAAAUAAAGUCCUAGAAAGGAAGAAAUUGGAAGCAGAGAAAAGGAGAGAGGGUGAAAAGAUGAAAAGCCUCUUUCAAGGUUAGGUUCAGGUUCUGUUUUCUAUUUAAACUCAUGUGCCAAAAAGCUGCCCAGGCACACCAGAGCCACAUUCUGAACCCAAGUCUCCCUGAAGGUGCUGCUCUGCCAGUAGCAGGCCCCAGAUGGAAGAAGCUGGUCCCAUUUCUGGCCACUUCCACCCAUUUGGAGCUUGGUGACUCCCACUGUCUUUGCCAGAGGAGUUGUCUAUGCCAAUAAUAUUUCUGCAACAGCAUAUUAUAUUAUUUGAAGAUUAGUAGAUCUUUUAGAGGGGAGUGGGGCAGGGGGCAGUUUCUAUAGAUAAAGAACCAAUGUUGGUUGUACCAGCUGUUGGGGGUCAUGUAUCCCAUGUGAAGCUAUUCUUUUUCCAAAUCUUAUUGUUUCUGCAUUUGUGUCCUCCACCACUCCCUUCUUGGCUGACAUAGAUAUGCCUGCCAGAUUGUCAUCAAGGGUCAUAUUUCAAUAAAAGGUGCUAAGGACAA